AUGCUUUCAUCCACCAUCAACAGCCACAACAAUGACCAUGAUGGACCCAUCUUGAUUCUUCCAAUGAACACCAGUUUAUUGGAUAAUUCUCUCUACGGUUUGCUCCGAGAAUCCAUGCAAUCCAAAGCCACUCAAACCGUUGACUUUUAUGAAAGAAAAUAUGAACUGCUUCAACAAUUUACAGAUUCAAAUUCCGAUGAAGUAUUGAACUUGUUUCAGAACGCAGCAGAGGACUUGAGAGCCGAUAAAGAAAUUGUCCUUCAAGCCUUCUCUGCCAAUGCUGAAUGCAUUGCGAGUUGUUCUGAACAAUUAUUACAGGAUCGGGAAAUCAUCACGAUGGCCAUUCGCUACGAUGGAUCACGGUUAUCCUUGGUUGAAAAUACAGAACUUGCAAAAGAUCGUGAAUUGGUUUAUUUGGCUUGUUGCUCGGGCUCUGAAGCCAUUCAAUACGCAGAUGAAAGUUUACGAAAUGAUAAGAAAUUUAUGUUGCGAGUGAUUAGAGAAUGUCCAGGCUAUUCCUAUGAUUCUCUCGGAGACGAUUUGAUCAACGAUAAAGAGGUGGCUCUUGCUGCGGUGAGUGUGGAUGGAGCUGCAUUUAGAGUGUUUUCUGACGAAAUUAGGAAUGAUAGAGAGGUGUUUUUGAAAGCAAUCCAAACUGCACCACAUUGCUUAUCUGAAGCAGGAGAUGCCAUUACAAGAGACAGAGACACGGUUCUAGAGGCAGUUAAGUUUGGUUGUAAUUUGAACGAUGUUGCAUCAGAGUUUCGUAACGAUAGGGAAAUUGCCACCAUAUGCAUUCAAAACAACUCGUGGUCGUUUAAUAUGUUGGGAGAUGAUUUGCGAAAUGAUAAGGAAUUUGUUAUGGAGGGAAUUCGGCUUGGUCAUUGUCAAUUAUCGCAACUCAAUAGCGAUUUACUGAAUGACAAGGAAGUUAUUUUACUGGCUAUCCAUGUUUUGGGAGGUGAAAAUAUUCGCUAUGCAAAUGAUGCAUUGAAAAAUGACCAUGAUUGUGUGAUGGCAGCUCUGAACAAUCAACCUUCUGCCCUCAGAUAUGUUGGUCUCGAAUAUAGAUCAAAUAAGAGCCUUGUACUAGACAUUUUGCAAGACCAUGGAUAUUUAUACGAGUUUCUUUCGGAUGAGCUGAGGGCAGAUAAGGAAAUUCUUUUUACUGUUUUGCAUGGUGCCUACUCGAAUGGUUUCAUGCAUGCCAGCGCUGAGUUGAGAGCAAAUCGAGAAGUAGUGCUCGAAGCUGUAAGAAUCUCAGGCGAUUGCUUGCAAUAUGCUUCUAAUGAACUUCAACACGAUAUUGAAGUGGUCAUGACAGCUGUAAAAUCGAAUGGAACUGCACUUCAAUAUGCCAGCGCUGAUUGUAGAGAAAAUUAUGAACUUUGUGAAGUGGCAAUCUUUUCACAACCGGAAUGUUAUCAAUAUGUUGGCCCUGUAUUGAAAAAAAACAGAGACUUAGCCAUGCAGGCUAUUGGCUUGUUUUGCAGCAAUUACAAAUACAUCGACGAUAGUUUGAAGCAAGAUGAAGAGCUAGCAUGGAUAGCCAUUCAUUCUAAUCAAGGUUACUCUUUGUCAGUCUCAGAUUUUGAUGAUAAAUUUCAACACAAUCGUAGAAUGAUGUUGGAACUGAUGAAAGCAUAUUCGUACCAGUUUGAACAAUUGUGCAAACCAUUUAGAGGUGACAAGGAGUUUAUCAUGCGUGCCCUGGAAUCUGAUGGAGGUGCAUUGCGUCAUGUUCCAACUAUACUGAAAAACGAUAGAGAAUUGGUUAUGGCAGCUGUCCGAGCGGGUCUUUCUUAUAAAGACCUUCCAUUGGAGUUUAAGCAAGACAAGGAAAUUGUCUUGUUAUAUGGGAUGAGGAGAAGAGGAUUGCAUUUUUACACAUCUCUGAAUGAGGAACUUCGAAAUGAUAUAGAGGUAAUUAAGAGUGCAUUGAGGUCAGGCGUUUCUCUCUCAUUCAUUCCUUCCCAGUUUAGGAAGGAUAAAAAGUUGGCCAUGAUAGCACUUCAAAAUCAUGCAUCCAAUAACUACAAGUACUUGCUACCAGAACAGGCUUCAGAUCGAGAAUUUAUUCUUGAUGCAGCAGCAAGAACAGGCUCUCCAAUCAUUGCGUAUGCUACUGAGUGGAACAAUGAUAAGGAAAUCGCUAUGGCUUGUGUGAAAAGAAAUGGAUAUGCCAUUGAACACGUUUCCGAUGAAUUGAAAAAAGACCGUGAGAUUCUUGUCGAUGCUGUCCGCCAGGAUUGUUCCUUGUUACAGAAAGUAGAUCAAGUAUUCAAACAAGACAAGGAAAUUGUUAAGAUAGCCAUUUGUGUUGACGGCUAUUAUAUUCGUUAUGCAGAUUUAUCGCUGAGAAGUGAUAAAGAAUUUAUCACUCAAGUUAUUAACGAAGGAAAUUCCUCAAUUUAUCCGUAUAUCGAUGAAGAGUUUCGAAAGGACAAAGAAUUGCUCAAGAAAGUACUGUUAUUAGAUGCGCACUUGUUCCGAUAUGCGAGUACUACUCUGAAGAAAGAUAGGGAAAUGGCCCUUUUGGCAGUCACGAUCAAUGGCUCCCUAUUGAGGUACUUGGGAGAAGCAUUGAGAGAUGACAAGGAGGUAGUUGAACGAGCCGUGUUUGACAGUGCUGAAGCAAUGAGAUAUGCAAGCAAUAGGUUGAAGAAAGACAAUCAGUUUGUGAUGAAAGUUCUCAGAUUUUCGCCAGCAUGUAUUGAAUUUGUGGAUGAGCAAUUUAGUAACAACAAGAAGCUUGUCAUGGGGCUUUUCGAUAAUUAUUUAUUUUCAAGCGUUUACCUCAACAACUUGAGCCCUUCUAUGAGGCAGGAUCGAGAUGUUGUCAAAAAAGCCAUUGAGAGCGACGCUUACAAUUAUCAACAACUACCUUAUUUGUUGAGACAAGACAAAGAGUUGACAUUACUUGCUUUGAAACAUGGAUCCAUGCUUUCCCGUUUGCCGCUCUCUCUGAGAAACGAUAAACAAAUUAUAUUGGCAGCUAUUAAGAACGAUGCAGUAUCGUUGGAAUGUGCCUCGUAUGAACUCCAAGAUGAUGACGAAAUUGUGGAAAUGGCAGUGAGACAAAACGGAGAUGCUCUUAGAUUUGCCAGUGACAGACUCAAAGGGAAGCGUGACCUAGUGUUGAGAGCAUUGAAAUAUGGAACAGAUUAUGGCUACACUCCGCUCAAAUAUCUCAAAGAUGAGUUUAAGAAAGAUAAGGAAAUUGUGAUGCUAGCUGUAAAAAAGUCAGGGUUGGCGUUAGAGUUUGCCCAUUCAUCACUGCAAGCCGAUAGAGACAUUGUGUUGGCAGCUGUGAAACAAAAUGGAGAAGCCUUAGAAUUUGCAGCCGUACAUUUACGAAGUGAUCCCGAUAUCGUUCGCGAGGCAUUAGCCCAAAAUGGAAGAGCACUGACGUUUGUCAAUGGAAAAAUUGACAAACCAUUACUACUGUAUGCAGCCAAACAGAUUGGCCAUUCUGACAAUUUGGAUCUAGAUUUGUUAAAUGACCCAGAUGUAGCAUUGGAAAUUGUGAAAACUAACCCAUACGAAUUUGGUCAUUUGAGAAAAUCACUUCGUUAUGAUAGAAAUAUUUUACUUACUGCCAUCAAAUCACAUGCUGAAUCCUUUUAUUACACGUCUCCAGAGUUGAGACAAGACAGGGAAGUCAUUUUACAAGCUGCUUCUCAGGAUGUCAAGAUUAUCGCUCACUGCUGUGAAGAGAUUAGGAAAGAUAAAUCGUUCGCACUGGAACUAGUUAAGGUGAAUGGUUUAGCAAUUCGAUACCUUGAUGCCUCUCUAAAGAACGACAAAGAGAUAGCAUUGGCGGCAGUUGAAAAGAAUUCUAGUGCCAUAUAUUAUGUCGGGCAAGAAAUGCUUAAGGACCGCGAAAUUGUUUUAAAAGCUAUUAGGACAGGAAGCGUGUUGACAUUUAUGGCUGUAAAUGAAGAAUUUAGAAAUGACAAGGAAAUUUUACUUCAUGCCAUUAAUAGAGAUCCUAAAUCCAUGCUUGCUUCGGGAAUUAACGUUUUCAAUGACAAGGAAAUAAUGACGACCAUUAUUUCCUUACAUCCAGAAGCUUUAUGUUAUGCUUCUGAUGAGCUCAGAAAGGACCGAGAAUUUGUGAUGAAUAUUGUCAAACAUUGUGGAUGGGCUUUGCAAUUUUCGGAGGCAUCAUUUAGAGAUGAUCGCGAAAUUGUACUGCUAGCUGUUAAAAAUGAAGGAACUGCCUUAUCAGGAGCAAGUGUGAGAUUGAGAAAUGAUGUCGAAAUUAUUACUCAUGCCAUUCAAAACCAGGGUGAAGGCAUGAAUUAUGUCACUUGUCCCGAAGUGCUUAGUGAUAAGAAAUUAAUUUUACAAGCUCUCGAACAUUGUGAAAACUCAUAUUUCAUUACUCGAUGCAAUAUCACAGAACAAGAUAGGGAUAUCGUCUUGGCAGCUGUGAAAAAGAAUGGAAAUAUUCUUUGUAGUUUGAAUAUAGAGCUGUUUUGGAAGGACAAGGAAAUCGUGAUGGAAGCAGCGAAGAACGUUCCUGUAAUUGUUAUGUUUGACCAACAUUUCAAUUUGAGAGAAGACAGAGACUUCAUGCUACAACUCAUAGAAAAAGAGGAAUCUGCUUUUUCGUAUGCCUCAGAUUCACUCAAGAACGACAGAGAGUUUGCAUUGCUUGCUGUGAAAAAGAGAGGUACUGCUCUCCAAUACCUCAGUUUCCAAUACAAGCAAGAUCGUGAGAUUGUCAUGGAAGCUGUCAAACAAAGUGGUGAUGCUCUUCCAACAAACCAUUUCAACCGUGAUAGAGAUGUCGUUUUAACUGCUGUGAAACAAAAUGGACUUGCGUUGGCCAAUGUAACUGAUCAAUGUUUGCUACAUGAUCGAGAGAUUGUUUUAGAAGCAGUUAAAUCUAAAGGCAUGGCUUUGAGACACGUCCCAAUGACACUUAGAAAAGAUAUAGAAAUUGUAACGACAGCUGUCAAGCAAGAUCCAUCAGCGAUGGUAUUUUCAUUGUUGAGUCUUUCGGAUAAUGAUGAAUUGAUGAAUGAGCUAGUUCAAGUUAAUGAGCAUGCACUAUUUUUCGCGUCAUAUCGACUUCAGCAUGAUCGAGAAUUUGUUCUAAAAGCAGUGAAAUGUCAUGGACUAGCGCUGCAGUAUGCUCUUUUCAGUUUUUGUAAAGAUAAGGAAAUAGUGAUGGAAGCGCUCAAACAAGAUAUCAAAUCCAUACAGUAUGUUUAUUUGGAUUUGUUAAAUGAUAAGGAUGUGCAAUUAAUUGUUUCAGAGAAGAGAAACCAAGAAGCCAACAACAAAACAAAAUAA